CUACGAAGACGACUCCCCGCCGGAGGACGAGGAGGAGCUGCUGGUCCACGUCACCGAGGGGCUGAAAGAUUCCUGGCAUCACAUCAAGAACUUGGAUAACUUCUUCACCAAAAUCUAUCAUUUUCAUCAGAAGAACGGCUUCAGCUGCAUGAUGCUUUCGGACAUCUUUGAGUUGGUGCAGUUCCUGUUUGUGGCCACUUUUUCCACCUUCCUGCUGUGCUGUGUGGAGUACGAUAUCCUCUUUGCCAACCAGCCGGUCAAUCGCACUCACCAGGGAGGAGGCGGUGGCAGUCUCAUGCCCGACCGGGGCAAGGUGACGCUCCCGGAUGCCAUCCUGCCAGCUUCUCAGUGUGCCCAGAGGAUCCAGGCCAGCGGCGGCAUCAUCUUCCUGCUGGUGAUGGCUGCCACCUUCUGGCUGUUCCGCCUGGCGAAGGUCCUCUGCAGCCUGCUGGGCUACUGGGAGAUCCGCUCCUUUUACACCAAGGCUCUCAAGAUCCCUUCGGAGCAGCUGCGCAACUGCAGCUGGCAGGAGGUGCAGGCGCGGCUGAUCUCGCUCCAGCGGGAGCAGCAGAUGUGCGUCCACAAGCGAGAGCUGACGGAGCUGGACAUCCACCAUCGCAUCCUGCGCUUCAAGAACUACCUGGUGGCCAUGGUGAACAAGUCCCUCCUGCCCGUCCGCUUCCGCCUGCCCCUGCUGGGCCGGGGCGUCUUCCUGACCCAGGGCCUCAAGUACAACCUGGAGCUGCUGCUCUUCUGGGGGCCGGGCUCCCUCUUCCAGGGCAAGUGGAACCUCCAGCCCCAGUACAAGCGGGCCAGCGCCCGCCUGGAGCUUGCCCACCGCCUGGAGCGCAGCCUGCUGCUGCUGGGGCUGGCCAACCUGCUGCUCUGCCCCUUCAUCCUGGUCUGGCAGGUGCUCUACGCCUUCUUCAGCUACACGGAAGUGCUCAAGCGGGAGCCGGGCAGCCUGGGGGCCCGCCGCUGGUCGCUCUACGGCCGCCUCUACCUGCGCCACUUCAACGAGCUGGACCACGAGCUGCAGGCCCGCCUGAGCCGCGGCUACAAGCCAGCCUCGAAGUACAUGAACUCGUUCACCAGCCCGUUGCUGACCGUGCUGGCCAAGAACAUUGGCUUCUUCGCCGGCUCCAUCCUGGCAGUCCUCAUCGCCCUCACCAUCUACGACGAGGACGUCCUCACCGUCCAGCACAUCCUGACCGCCAUCACGCUUCUGGGGCUCAUCGUCACCGUGGCUAGGGCGUUCAUCCCAGAUGAGCACCUGGUGUGGUGUCCAGAGCAGCUUCUCCAGUGCGUCUUGGCUCACAUCCACUACAUCCCUGACCACUGGCAAGGCAAUGCCCACAAGUCGGAGACACGCGAGGACUGGGCCCCUUACUUCCUCCUGCGGUCUGUCCCUCCCCAGGUCUUCAUCCUGGAGGAGCUGCUGAGCCCCAUAGUGACGCCCUUCCUCCUCAUCUUCGCGCUCCGGGCCAGGGCCCUGGACAUCAUCGACUUCUUCCGCAAUUUCUCCGUUGAGGUGGUGGGGGUCGGGGACAUCUGCUCCUUUGCCCAGCUGGACAUCCGCAACCACGGCAACCCCCAGUGGCUGUCCCAGGGCCGGACGGAGGCAUCAGUCUACCAGCAGGCAGAGAACGGCAAAACAGAGCUCUCGCUGGUUCACUUUGCCAUUGCCAAUCCACGCUGGCAGCCCCCGCCGGAAAGCUCCCUCUUCAUCGGGCACCUGAAGGAGAAAGUGCAUCACGACGCCUCCCAUGCCCAGCGCCUCCUGGCUGAGGGACCGUUAGGAGCCUCCCUGCUUUCCGACGAGGGCCCUGGCCCUGUGCCGGAUGCCCUCCUAGCUAGCGUUCUGGCCCGUCCCGUCCUCGCGGCGGGAAGCCUGGCUGCCCUGGCAGAGCGCCGCCUCCUUGCUCGGCCCGGGGGCACAGCUGGUGCAGCUGCCAGCGUCCUGGCCUCCCUCUCCUGCUCCCAGUUGCCCCGGCACAGGACCCGUCCCGGAGAGGCCUCUGUGUGCAACAGCGAGAGCCCCCUUCUGGAGGACAGCGCUACUCGGUCUGCGGUGCGCCCAGUUCCCCUCACCCGCUCGGUUCUUCUGUCAGAGUUCGCCUCAGCUGAGAUGAGUCUGCACGCCAUAUACAUGCACGAGCUUCACCAGCAGCAAGCGGCGGCCCGCCUUCCUUCGCAGUCUUCGGCACGAGCAGCAUCCCCUCGGCGCCCCUUCGAUACGCGUGCCCAGGAUGGCUCCCUGGGGGGCUGGGAAGAGGAGUCAGCUGAGAGGCACCAGCAGCAGCAGCAGCAGAAGAGCUAGCAGGAGCCCUGCCCUCCAUUCUUCCUCUGGCGUUUCUAGACGGUUGGCACUGCCAAGGUCAGUUCACCAGGACGGCCCUCCUGCGGUCAGAGCGUGACUGGAAGUGGUACAGCCACGCUUCUCCCCACUACGGCAUGCCAGGGCAGGAGUGGAUCGUGGCUGCCCCUCCUUCACGGUGGACUUGGCUGUGCCAAGGAGCCUCCUCCGUGAGGCUUUCUGGCCCCUCUUCGUGGGGGAAGUGUGCCCUUCUUGGGGGUGAAUAAGCUUUGGGGCUGGAUCAGGCCCUGCACGGUGCUAUUUGUAUUUAGGGGGUCCCUGUGGUCAAGAGAGAAUGGCACGGAGAAGCUCUUCUCCCACCCCCGUGCUUUUUCCGUCCUCCCUCUAGGUCCCAGGCUGGCCCACCCCCCACCACGCAUGCCAUGGCGGUUGCAUUGUAAGAGAGUUGGGGGGCAAUAAAUGUUUACAGAAAUUACAA